CGAAUAUGAAUAAUCUAUCCUUUGUCUUUGUUUUCAGUAAAACCAAAUUUGACUCUAUAUUAACAGAGCUUUUGGUACCUGCAAAAGCUGUAUCUUACGUAAGCGCAGCACUAAAUGCUCUCGUCCUUUUAUACGCCUGCUAUGUACUGUAUAAAAGGUCAAAAGGUGAUCCUGUCCAAAGUUACAUUUUUACACUUUUAGCGGGUUUCUUUGGAUUGUUGGGCGGUACUAUUUUCUACUCGGAGGCGAUAAGCCACGGCCAAGGCUACUGGAUUGUCGAUAAAGCAUAUCAUUCUUCUGUUUGGUUGUCAUGUAUAUGCUUAUUUCUCCCCAUAUGUAAGGGUCAAUCUCACACUGAUGUAGCCAGAUCUAAUUCUCAAAAUGCUGGUAAAUUACUUGUCUAUUGCGCUUAUCUUUGGUCAAUCAUUAGCAUCAUUUGUGCUAUUGCUCUUACAGCGAUUAAAGUCGACUAUGAAUUGACCCCAGAAGAACUUUACAUAGAUGGCAGUGUAGAUAAAUAUCUGGCCAGAUAUCUUCAGUUUGCAAGAUUGAUCAACUUUAACUUUUUUAGCGAUUGGGGUUUUGUCUCAAUUUUUAUCAUCUUAUACUUCACUCUGAUUGAUUUGAUCAGAAAACUACCAGCUCAACCUACUAAAACAAUUGCUUUGUUUGGCUUUUUUGCUACUGUCCCGGUAAUUACUGACACAAUUACGGUCCUUGUUUUUUCUGCGAAUAGUGUUAGUAAUUUUACUACUGCGGUGGUGCUCAAUUUUAUCUUUACGGAUUGUUUCUCGGUGUUCGCAUUGGUUACGACGUUACUUUGUGCUAAGCGCUGGUCAUACACUACUAGUGAUGAUAGUUCUAUUAAAAAUGAAACGAUUCCCUAAAAAAAAAAAAACCUUUACAGCUACAUUUCAUAUAAUUUACUCUUUAAUAAAUAAUUCCCUAUUACCUACCAG